AUGUUCAAGACUUGCAAAACAUUAAACCGCUGCGGACGGCCUUACUUAAACUUAAAAGAGCGACUUUCACAAAUAUGGUUCAACUACUACACAAUAUUUUUACUAUUACUUGUACUGAAGCUUCUUAUUUUCAAAAUAUCAUUGGAUCAUUCACUUUCUGAAUCACGGGAGCAGACAUACUCAGCAUGUCAGGCAGCAGAAAAAUACACUUCAUAUAUUGCAAGUGUACCCCACUACAUCUCAAAGUACACAAAUGUACUAAUUGCCAAUUCAAUGAAAGAGGCCCACAAGCAAAUGAUCAGUGCCUUGAAUUUAGCUUUGACAGCAUCUAAAAAUAUGAUACUCUUUACGAUCAAUUUGAGCAUAGGAACCUAUUUAUGCUUGCUAACAGCUGCUGUAGACACAACAGUUGAUACAGCUUUAAAUGCAACAGAAAGCAUAAUAGAUGUUGCAAACGAGACGGUUAUAUCGUUUGCAAAUGAUCUAGAUGAUGGACUAGGUGAUAUUUCAACAAUCGCUAACAAAAUAAUAUCAACCAUAGAUGAUGCAGUUGAUGCAGUGAAAGAUCUAUUCGGUUCCGAUGACUCAGGAGAUGAUUUGACUGAUGAGAUUGGACAAGUAAAUUUGACGAUAUCAUCGUUAAGAAGCUGGCAUAUAUCUGGAAGUAUUAAUACGAAACUAGAGAGUUUAAAGAACAAAACACUUGACUUCGACGACGUCAAAAACAAAACAAAUUCUCUCAUUAGCACACCUUUUGAAAUGAUUCAAAAGCAGGUGAGCCAGAAAGCAAACAAAACAUUCAGUGCAGACGAGCUUUAUAUUCCUCCCGUAAAAAAUCUUACCUUUUGCAACAGUUCAAAAGAGAUUGACGAGUUUUAUGAUCGAGCUGCUAAAGUUGUGUAUAAGACAUCGUUGAUCUUGAUGAUUAUACUAAUAGUUGCCAUGCUGGUCUUUAUGAUAUACCAAAGUUGGAUUGAAUACAGAGGAUGGAAGCAUAUACUUGAAGCAGCCGCAGAAUUGCAGUAUGAUAACAAGGAUGAAAUUGAGAAGUUGAAUCCUUUCUUUGAAAAAAGACACAAUAUAGCCAUCCUAGACGCUUUUCAGAACAGAAAUGCAACCAUAAUAUCAAAUGGUUUAAUAUGGCUUUUCUUCAGGAAAAAGGAUUUGCAAAGUUCAAAAACGGCUACAAAGAUAGCACGAUUGCGUUGGCUAAUAAAUUAUUGCAGUUCUUCGUAUUCACUUCCAAUACUUUUGCUUGGGAUAUUGGGACUCCUUUCCUUUGGCUUUCAAAGCAUAAUAUUGGACUUCUUAGCACACAUUAAGACAAAUAACGUAAAGUCUUUAGUGAAGAAGGUGAGCAAAAGUGUCUCCGCUUCCAUCAAUGACUCCGUGUCUGAUUGGUGCAACCAUACAAACAGUUACAUUUUGGAUUAUCAGGAUGAAAUCAACAAUAGCACCCUUGGCUGGGUGCACAAUGUAACCUCGAGCGUGAAUAACACAGUAACAACUUUCAUAAGUGAAAUGAAUACCAAGCUUGAUGACAUAUUUGGGGGGACAAUCAUGUACGAACCAAUUCAAGGUGUUGUCGGUUGCAUACUAACUAGGAAACUUCAACAGAUAACAAAGGCAAUGACUUGGGUGAAUAAGAAUUCUCAGGUCAGCUUUGAGACUAUUGAUCCAGACAAAUAUAUAGAGCAGGUAUGGAACAAUGACGGAAAUCAAACAAACCAAAACGGUAUAAAGGAGGAAUUGUCAUCGGUCGAGAAUAAGGUGGCCAAGGCAAUAAAAACAAUUUUACAGGAUUACCGGAAAAGCUUAAGGAUAGAGCUAUACAUAUCUUUGGGGCUUAUAGGUCUAUGGCUGGUAAUAAUCUUUUUUGGUGUGGUAAUUCUUAGUGUGACAAAAUACCGGAGAUCAAAAUCAGACGAGGGGAAUGAAAUGUAUGAGAAUGAAUACCAAAUGAAGGAAAAUUCGACCUUCGGACAGGUGGAUUCAAAAUCUGCUGACAUGAACAGUGUUUCCAGUUCGGCCACUUUGAGUCCAUCGAAAGAUAAAGCUGAAAUAGACAAUUCAAACUCUGAAGGAAAGCUUGUGAGAAAGAAGAGCUUUAACUACAAUGAAAACGCAUACUGGGAGAAUCCAUUUGAAUGCGACCGGAGUGAACAAAAGAAGCAAUACCAAAGUAAACCAUACAUUAUCAAGCAGAAAUUCGGCCGGAGAACCAACUCAUCAAGAAGGGUAUUCUUCCAAGGUGGCGGUGUCAUCAAUAAGGCGCUAGCAAAUAUACUUUAUGGAAAUAAGGAAAAGAAGGAAAACCAGCUAAGAUCUGUUGGUAAAAGUGAAAGAACUGAAUACGAGCCUGAGUUUCAGGAAACAUUAGGAAGAGACAACACUGAUUGGACAGAUAUCGAUCCGUCAAGUGUGUACACGGACUCAUUUUCGGAUCCCGGCACUCCAAGUGCUUGGAGGUGGGAUCCAUGA